CUUUUUUUGCCGGCAUGGGCAUGUCCGCGUUCCCGAUCGCCGCCAGUGCGUUCUCCGACUGCGUAUUGGUUUCCUACCGCCCGCAUCUCCUCCAGAACGCCGGUCCUACUCCCGCCUAUCGCGCCGACACGCGGUAAACUCGUCGGUCUCCGAAGCAGAACAGAAAGCAAGCAGCAAACAUUUUGGCCGUUUCCCGUCCCCCGGCGCCCGCCCGGUCCCCCCCCCUUCUUUCACCAUGUCCGCCGAGAUGGCAAACGAGAUCAAAUUGAUCAGUGGCCGCAGCCACCCCGACCUCAGCGAGAAGAUCGCCAAGCGGCUCGGCAUCGAGGUCGCCCGGACCGUCUCCCUCAACUACUCGAACCAGGAGACCUCCUUCACGGUCGGCGAGUCGGUCCGCGACGAGGAUGUCUUUAUCGUGCAAUCCACCGCCACGGGCGACGUCAACGAGGGGCUGAUGGAGCUGUUGAUCAUGAUUUCGGCGUGCCGGACUGCUAGUGCCAGGAGAAUAACGGCUGUGAUCCCAAACUUUCCCUAUGCUCGGCAGGACAAAAAGGAUAAGUCGCGAGCUCCCAUCAGCGCAAGGCUGGUCGCGAACAUGCUGCAGACCGCCGGUGCCAACCACAUCAUCACGGUGGACCUCCACGCUUCUCAGAUCCAAGGCUUCUUUAGCGUUCCAGUGGACAAUCUGUACGCCGAGCCUUCUUUCCUCCGCUACAUCAAAGAGAACUACAACCCGGAAGACUCGGUCAUUGUCUCUCCCGAUGCCGGUGGCGCGAAACGUGCGACAUCCAUUGCCGAUCACCUUAACACUGCGUUCGCACUGAUCCACAAGGAGCGCCCCAGGCCCAAUGUGGUUGGCCGCAUGGUGCUCGUGGGCAACGUCCAGGACAAGGUGGCCAUCCUGGUUGACGACAUCGCGGACACCUGCGGCACCCUCGUGAAGGCGGCUGCCGUGCUGAAGGAGAACGGCGCCAAGACGGUCAUCGCCCUCGUCACGCACGGUGUCCUGUCCGGCAAUGCCAUCGAGACCCUGAAUGCCAGCGUCCUCUCGUCUCUGGUCGUCACCAACACCGUGCCGCUCGGAGACAAGGUGGAGCGGUGCCCCAAGCUGCGCGUUAUUGACAUCAGCCCGACCAUCGCAGAGGCCAUCCGCCGCACGCACAAUGGCGAGUCGGUCUCGUAUCUGUUUACCCACGCCCCGGUCUAAUCAGACCCAACGUGCCGGCGACGCCGGCCCAUUUGCUGUCCGGCAUUUGGAUUUGACUAGAUUUGAAAAGGAAAAGAACGCAGAGGCAGUAGACGAGGGGAAUUUGUUUGCAUCAGGAAAAAUCAGGACGCAUUUUGAUCACCUAGUUCUGCUAGGUUACGAAGUAGAUGUGUGUGUAUAUCACGGUUGGCUGGAGUUCAGUGGCUUUCAAAAUUCACUCAGUUAUUAACCAUGCCGACCGUCCCCUGCGUCUCUAACCUUGCUAGAUACCUAGCAGUAUGCUGG